UUAGUGUAGGUCGGUUGGGCGAGGGAGUGUAUGUUUCAUUUUCAUCAAUUACUCUGCAAAACGAAAAUCUAUUCCUUUUUAUUUAUUUAAAUAAUUAUUUUUUGCCGUUACCUAAGGAGUUGAGGAUAUAUUUAUGGCUUUGCUCAAUUUGUUUGAUGUUUGUUGUGGUUGUGGUUGGACAUUGUUAAAAUGGUGCGUCAAUUAAAUGCAAUCCAUCACCUAGCGCAUGGAUCAACUCACCCUUCUAGCCUUAGCUCACCAUCUAACUUGGUGAUGCAAUUUUGGGCUUUGAGUUGGGUGGCUAUGAUUUGAUUGAUGACUUUCCUUGUCAUGUCAUGGAUGUUGUGGAUUUGUAAGAGCAACUGUGCUGGAGAUGGCAUCAGGUGGAAAGUGAAUAUCAUUUGUCAAAGCAAGGACGAUGAAGGGGUUCGUUUCUCUUCUUACAUCUGCAGCUUGUGAGUGGCUUUUGAUAUUUCUGCUGCUACUCGAUGCCUUGCUAUCAUAUAUGCUCACCAAGUUUGCGAGCUAUUGCCAACUGCAAAUGCCUUGCUUGUUGUGUUCUAGGCUUGAUCAUAUCUUACGCCGUGAAAGGCCAGAGUUCUAUGAGAACCUAUUUUGCAGCAAUCACAAAUCAGAAAUAUCAUCUCUGAUUUUGUGUCAUAUUCAUGGUAAGCUAGCAGAUGGGCAUAGGAUGUGUGAUGAUUGUCUUUUGUCAGUCACUGCAAAGACCAAGUGCAAUGCAAAAACUCAAAGAUUGUUGGUGGGGAAAUUUGGGCUGGUUCUUGGUGGUUCUGGUUUCAAAAGUCCAUCACUAAGCAAAGAUUUGUUUUUUGGCUCUAAGGGUGCAAGACUAUGUACAAGACAAUGUACUUGUUGUGGUAAGCUUUGGAAGUCAGAUCAGAACUCCCCAAGAUCUAUCCAUCUAAAAUCACAUGGGAGAGCUGUUCUUAAGCCAUAUAUUCCUUUGCCAUGUGCACCAAGGCAACGCCGUUUAAAUCACCAGGAUAACUUGAAGAAAAUGAGGGAUAAAUUUCCUGGAUCAGAGGGAAAAAGCAGUUUCCGGCCACUAUCUCAUGUUGGGUACACUGAGCUGAGACUUAAUUCCAAUUCUGAGUCCGAAUUUCCAUUUUCUGAUGAUGAUGAUGAUGAUGUUUGUAGCGUGUAUCAUGAGAACAUUGAAGCCAGCAAUGACCCUAUUGCUGUUACAUCUGCACCUUCCUCAAAAUGUAUUCCAUGUGAUUUGAAUCCGAAAGAGCCGAUUGAUAGUUCUGCCAAAUCCAUGCCUUUGCCUUCAGAUCAAUGUGGGGAGCCUAAUGUCAGCAAACAUCAAGAUGUGAAUGCCAAUUGUGCAGUAGAAAAUAAUUUGCAACAAGCAAAUCAAGAGUCAUUCAGUUCUGAUCCAGCUGAGCUCAUUUCAAUAGAGGAGGUUUCACCACCUCCUAUUGUUAAGAAUGUUCCUCAUAGAGAAUCAGAAUUUGAAGACAGUAAGAUUACUUCUCAUUCUAAGGAUUCUCUUCCUGGUCCCCUAUCUGAGUUUAUGACUUUGAAUGGCACAUAUGUACAUGCUGGAGCAUCAUCGGAAAAAUCUGCAGAUGUUGCACAAGCAAGAGAUACUGGAAUGGUAUCUGAGAAGAAUGGGGAAGUUUUACAGAAGAUUGGUACAGAGGAAACAGCAUCAACAGACACUCAUCCGGUGGUAUGUGACUCUGCUCCUAUAAAUCCUAAAGAAGAGAAUUCAAGUAACAUGAAUAAGUCCUCUGUAACCACUAAGGAAAGAGAACAAACUGGUUUUAUCAAAGAGAAGCCAACUACUGAGGAAGUUAAUAAUGUCAAGGAAGAACAGGAGCAAUCACCAUCAGACAAAUCUUCUCCUAAUGGGUCUAAUACAUCAUCAAAUGUUCCUGUAAAUCAUGUUCACUCACCUAAGGCAGAUGUCGAGGCUUCUAGUUUAAACAAAGUUCAGGUAUUUCGAAAGUCAUCCUCAGUGGAAUCUGGUCUUGAUUCUCUGGAUGAAAGCAAUAUUUCUGAAAUUGAAGGAGAGUCUAAUGAUGAUAGACUGAGGAGGCAAAUUGAGUAUUACAAGAAAUGCAUGCAUUCUUUACAGAAGGAACUGGAGGAAGAAAGAAACGCUUAUGCUGUUGCUACAAAUGAAGCAAUGUCUAUGAUCACAAGGUUACAGGAGGAGAAGGCAGCACUGCAGAUGGAGGCUCUUCAAUAUUUAAGAAUGAUGGAGGAGCAAGCAGAAUAUGAUAAUGAUGAAUUGGAGAAAGUGAAUGGUCUACUCACAGAAAAGGAAAAAGAGAUACAAGAUUUGGAAGCUGAGCUGGAAUUUUAUAGAUCAAACAUGGCAGAUGAGGAGCCUAUGAUCCAUAAUAUGCAUAAGGAAAGUUGGGAUUUGAAAGGAGAAAACGUCACUACACAAAACACUGUUGUGCAUAACAUCAUAAAUACCGUAAGCAGUUCAAAGAAUGCUGAGGUUUCCAAAGUUGGUGAUGGAGAUGUGACUGGUGAAACCGCAUUUUUGGAAUUUGAAGAGGAAAAGGAAUACAUUUCUCAAUGUUUGAAAAACUUGGAAGAGAAGGUUCAUCAAAUUUCUUUGCAUGCGCCUAAUGAUAGAUCCGAGAAACUUGAAGUCAGUAAAUCGAAUCAACAAGGAGCUUCAAAUGGUGAAGGGCCUCAAUUAGAUGGUCAUGAAGAGACUGAAUUGUCCACAAAAAAAGCAUUAAUACAUUGAAUGGAAAUCAUAUUGAUAAAGAUGGAUCAGCUGAAGAUGAUGAUGCUUGUUCUCUUAGUGCCGAAAACAAUCAUUCCAAAUCUCCUGAACCACAAAUCUCCACGCCGAGAAGAGAAGUUGAGUUGGUUAUUCUAGAAAAUCAAAUAUCAGACCUUAAUGACCGGUUGGAAGCACUUGAAUUUGAUCAUGAUCUUCUGGAGCACCUAACAAAUUCUCUUCAAAAUGGCAAUGAUGGAAAACAAUUUAUUCAAGACAUAGCUCACCGAUUGCAUGAGGUACGGAGAAUUGCAUUAAGAUGAAGAUGGUAAGCAUAUAAACAUAAGUGCUUUUAGUUCUUCCUUUAUUCUUAGGCACAAAUAAACUUUCAUACAGUAUAUUAUACAACAUUGUCUACACUCGUGUCAAUAGAGACGAUAUGAAUCCACA